AUGAAUCCACGCCAGACUUUUCGUAUCCUCAUUAUCAACCCCAACUCCUCAGAGGCAAUAACUGCGGCGAUAGUAGCAAGUAUAGACAGAAUGCAGUUGGGCCAUUCCAUGGAGCUCAGUGCCUAUACAACGCCACAGCCAUCUCCGUUAAGCAUAACUAGCUACAGCGACAUCAAGAUGAGCGAAGAAACUGUCUACUCGAGAAUAUCAAAAGAUGGCCCUACAUUAGCUCACUACGAUGCUGUCCUCAUCGCCGGCUUUGGUACCAAAUCUCUAGUUUCAAAAUUGUCCAAUCUUGGCCCUGAAUGUAUCAUGGGGGUCUUUGAAGCGAGCAUUUUAACGGCCCAGACACUACUACGCCCAGAUAGUAAUGACAAAUGGGGAAUUGUCACACUGGACCACUUCUGGGAGAGCUAUCUUAUGGUUGAAGUUAAGUCAUUUCUGGGUCAGGACAAGAAUAGUAAUAACGACAGAUUCGCCGGUGUCUUCUCAGCGAAAUCGUAUAGCCCCGAUCCAAAUACCAUUUCUCAAGAGGAUAUGAAAAAUGGUAUAAGGGAAGCAACAGGGCAAUUACUUCAGUCAAGUUCGGCUCGAUGCGUGGUUAUAGGUUGCAUAGUAACGGCCGAAUUAGAGGACAUCGUCCGCUCUACCGCAACCGAGUUCUUAGGGAAGCGCAUGGGCGAGGCUCUGUAUGUCAUUGACGCCAUCAAGGCAGGCAUUUUGCAAAUACAACAAAUGGUUCGUUGCAGAGAUACUUUCAAAUAG